AUGGCACCUUUCGGCACAAUCUACUCCUACACUCCCAGCCCUCGGGUGAUCAAGGCCCAAGCUGCGGCAAAUCUCAACGGCCUUGAAUUGGCCAUCGCUCCCGACUUUGUCAUGGGCCAGAGCAACACCACCCCCGAAUUCCUCGCCAAGUUCCCCUUCGGCAAGGUCCCCGCCUUCGAAGCUGCAGAUGGAACCCUCUUGACCGAAUCCGACGCCAUCACACAAUACAUCGCCGAGAGUGGCCCCGCGGCCGCCAGCUUGCUGGGCGCCACCCCGGCAGAGCGUGCCGUCAUCCGUCAGUGGAUCUGCUUCGCCCAAGGCGAGGUCAUCGAGCCCAUCACUCAGCUCGGCCUGUGGCGUCUCAAGUACGUCCCGUACAACGAGGCGACCGAGAAGCAGGCCCUGCAGCGCAUCGAGCGCUCUCUGAGCUACCUCGAGACUCACCUGAAGGACCGCACCUGGCUCGCGACAAGCGACAAGGUCAGCCUGGCUGACAUCACGGUGGGAUCUUCUCUGAUCUGGGGAUUCUCUCUGUCCAUUGAUGCCGAGAUGCGCAACAAGUACCCUCUUACUAUGGCUUGGUACGAGCGUCUGACUGAGGUAGAGGGCGUCAAGCAGGCCUUUGGCGAGAAGAUCUUUGUCGAGAAGCGCGAAGAAUACCAGGGUUGA